UAAAACAUAUUAUCGUACAGCGGGUACUCUGAAGGAAAAAAAAUGAAACAAGAAAAAGGGUUCUAGUCCUUUAAGAGCGUUUUCUUGAUGUAAUGUUAGUGUAGGGGCGGGGCGAUCUGACGUCUGACGUCUUAGAAAAUGAACCGAGCCCGGAGGUCGCACUCUAACAGUAUGAACGCUGGCGCGGAGGGAUACGGAGGAGGCGUACUGGCGCACACCGAAAACUGUCAACCAUAGUUAACAGCAAGACUCCGAAAGACACCGUACAGCGCACCGGAGGACGUCGACUGGCGAUUGACGAUCAGUGAGGGCCCCCUAAUGGAAGAUGAGGAAGACGAUGUUUUCCGGCCAAACGCACGCAGCUGGGAGACCACCUUCAGGGAGAUAAAGCACGAGGACAGGAGCACGCAGACACCCGGCCCUGCCUUGGUACACCGCUUCAGCAUGCUGCCCUGUGGCGUGGCCCACGAGCCCCGGAGGCUCUUCUAUGGCAAUGCAGGCUUCCGCUUGCACUUCCCGGCUCAUUUUGAGCGUGCUAGGAAUCCAGAGCAAGGGCAGAGGAACCGGCCGGAGCAUCAUCCGAGACCCAGUGCUGAGGUCAGGAUUGGCCAGAAACUCCAGGUGAUUGGAGACCAGUUCCACCAAGAUCAAGUUGAGCUGUACCGCAGAAACCAAAGGAACCAGCGGCCAGUGUGGUGGCGCCUCCUUUUGACGCUCUACACGCUUCUGUUUGAGAGGGAGGGUGUCGUCCGGCAGCAGAGAGGUGACGAGAGGUGAGAAGGUUGGGGGGUCUUGCCUCCCCACCCUUGCCACCCACCUCCUUUGGUGAGGGACCGGACUCUAAAUGGCACUGUAAGGUUGAACACGGGUUUGGGGAAAAAAAUUUCAAUUAAAAAAAAAAAAAAAGAAAAAAAAAAUAUGGUCACCGCAGGACGGAGACAACUUUUUUCUACGUUUUUUUUUUCCCCCUCUCAAGAAGAAGCCAUGUUGUUCAGGAUAUUCUUCUACAGGAACAUGUCGCUAUUUUCAUAAGUGUGUAUUAUACUAUUUUGUACAGCUUGUUGUUCUUGUUGCUUUUUCAAUUUUUUUUUUUUUUUUGCACUCAUGUGUCAACCUCCAUCUGUCCUGGGAAUGCCUUAUUUUCCCUUGCCUUAUUGGAACAACCCUUAGAAAGUUAGGGAGGAGAAGAAGAGGAGGAGCGAGAUGGAGGAAUAGGGUUAAAGGGGCAAGGAGCAUAAUGUCACACUUUGGUUCAGGAAGCCUGUACUAAAGUUUCCCAGGUAACCAAUCAACUUGACAUCACACAAAUUUCCA